UCUCCAAACAGAGAGUCAAAUUACAACCCAAAAGAGAAAAGAAAAAUGGCUAAGCUUAUCACCACCCUUUUCACCACAGCUCUCCUCCUGAGCUUUCAACUCAGCCUUGCUGCUCGUCCAGACCCUGCUUUCACCAACGCCGCCCUGAAAACCCAACAACAAGACAAAGAAGCAGAGGCCAUUGCUGUUGAGGAUGGUGGGGAGAUCAGCUGCACAGGGUUAGAGAUGGAGGAGUGCCUCAUGAGAAGGACUCUUGCGGCUCAUGUGGAUUAUAUUUACACACAGAAGCACAAACCAUGAACUUCUCUGUAUCUCUGUUGUGUAACCAAUCAAUUAUGUCUAUUUUUUUUCUUUUCUAAUGGUGAAAGGCCAUGCAAUAAGACAUCUGUUGUUACAAUUA